AUGGCAGGGCAUGGCUGUCUGGGGCUGUUCUGCUGGGUCCUGCUUGCUGUUCCUGUGGGCCCCCAGCCUGUCUCCUCCGUCUCGGGUGUCCCUCUCACCACUUUGACCCCACCACCUCGGAGUGAGGCCUCUAUGCUGUCUCUCAACCUGGGACUUAACUUCAAAUUCCACCUUCGGGGACCUGCUGCUGCCUGGGGGAUCUCUGUCACAGAGACCCAGCCGCUCUCUCCUGGGCCCAGCCGGGAGCCAGAGGAAGAGGUGGCCAGGGGGCUGAGGACCGACCCCAUUUGGGAACUGCUGGUGGGCUCCCUUGGGAACUCCCCCCCGGAGUGGGGCUCUGCUGAAGGCAGCUCUACGCCCUGGGCCUCCUCCCAGUCUCCAGAGUCCACAUUCCCCCUCUCUGGGCCCACUGACCGGCCCACUGCUCCCUAUCAGCCCGGGAUGGGCACUGUCACCUGGGACACUGCUCUGACAGCUACGGCACCUCCAUCCAGUGCUCCCAGGCUCCGCCAGAGCGAGCUGGAGCUGAAGUUUGACAUGGCACUGAGAGCAGGCGCAGCCCCCACGCUCGGGCAUCGAACGCUGCCCCUGCUGCCCAGCCUGCGGGCCAGCCUGGCAGAGAUUGCUGGGCGCCUGGGACCCUUUGGGUUCUUCGGCACUACUCUGUCCCCGCUGCGGAACUUCUCAGGCCCAAGCCCUCUAGGCCCCACUCGAUCCCCAAGCUCUGCCUCUAGAGUUUCCGAUUCUCCAGGGUUCUUUGGCACCACUGUGUCCCCACCCCCAACCCCCCUGGAGAGAAAGCUCCCAAGCUCAGGCCCUUUGGACCCAGCCGCUUCCCUAAGGUCUGUCACGGUUGCAACAGCAUCACUAGACCCCACCAGGCCCACCUCUGGCCCGGAUGACCCCUCUCCUGCCAGCCUUGGGAAGCCUUCCGUGCAGCCAGAGUGUGGGCCAGGGUCCUGCAGCGUGGGAGAAUUGCCUGAACGCGAGGGGCAGCCUCCUGUGGCCCCGAGGGCCCUCUUCUUCCUGACCCUGGAGGCCGACUGGGCAGAGGCCAGAGCUCGCUGGGGGCUGGCCUGGGAGGCCCACGUGUACGGGGUAGGCACGCUCUUCGGCCUAGUGGCCCUGCUGGCGCUGCUGGCCCUAGCCCUUUUGCCCUGGCGCUGCCCGCCAGGCGCCCCCUGCCUGGCGCUGCUGGACCUGCUCCUGCUGUCGGCCGGGACCACGCGGGCCUUCCCGCUCUUCUACGACGCCUAUGGGCACCGCGACCGGCUGCCCCCGCUCGCCUGGCUGCUGCUGCAGGACCUUCCGCUGCCCUGCCUGGCCGCCGGCCUGGGCCUGGCCUGCCUGCUGCUGGCCCGGCCGCGCCCGCCGCGGUGUCCCGCCGGGCUGGCCGCGCUCCUGCUCCUGGGGCUGGGGCUGGCGGCCGCCGCCGCCCUCGGGAGCGCGGCCCACCGCCCGCUGCGGCCCCUGCGGCUCGCCUCCCGCGGACUGCACGCCUUCCUCGCCGCCCUCCUUUCUGGGCUCCUGCUGGCGCUCUCCUGCUGGGGGGGAAGGCGGCGGCGGGCCGGAGCGCCCCUGGGAGGGUCUGGUUUCAAGGGCGCCACCCCUCUGCCGCAGGCGCGCAGCCCCUUCGCCCCGCGCGAGUCCUGGCGGCGCGCGGCCCGCACAGCCCCGGUGGCGGGCACCUUCGGGCUGCUGAGCGGAGCCCUGCAGGGCUACGAAGUGCUGCACGCCCUGGGCUAUGGCGGCCAACCUGGCCUGGAGGGACCCUGGCCCUGGUGGGCCUUCCAGCUAGGCCUGCGCUUGGGCGAGGUGGGCGUCGCGCUCCCGUUGGCGCUGCUGGGCCUCUACCCGGCGCUCUGCAGCCCCCGUGUGCCGCCGCGCUGCUGGGCCAAGCUCUUCCGCCUGUCCCCGGGCCACGCGGCCCCGCUGCUGCCCGGGGGCUGGGUCACCGGGCCCCCCGACAAGGAGCCCCUGGGUGGCGCCAUCGCGCGUGGCGACGCGGAGCUGCUGCAGCUGUGCGCCCUGGCGGGGCCCGGCCCCGACCUCCUACUCCAGGGAGGCGGCUGCCGGGGCUUCGAAGGCGCGGCGGCCAACCCGGCCCCUUCUCCGGCCUCCUCCCCCUGCAGCGAUUACACCGUGGAUUUCCGCCCGCCCUCCCCAAUCAACCUGCGGCGCAGCAUUGAGGAGGCCCUCUGCAGCGAGGCCCUGCUCACUCCCGGCCUUUUCCAGGGCCCUGCCUACGGGGAAGCCUUGCCUGGGCUGGGCCUCUACCGCACCGCCUCGUUGGGGGCGAAGACCGGGGCCGGACCCAAUGAGAGGUCUGAGGAGGCCCUUGGCUCUCCAGCACCGCAGGAGCUCCCCUCUCCCGGGGCCUGGCCCGCGGGCAGCAGCGCCUCUUCCGGCUCACUGUGCGGACUUUCGAGGGACAGCUCGUCCAUGCUGCUAUGCUCCAGCCCCGACAGGCCUCCACGCUGUCCGCUGGUCUGCGUCCUCAGUCCCCCGCGGCCCUCGGGAAGCAGCCCUAGCCUCCCGGGCUCAGGCUCUUACCAGGCCCUGUCCCCCCCCUCCCGCGACUCCCCAGAGCCUACUCUUGAGCUGCAGGCCGCAGAAGCUUUGCUGCAGGAGCAAUUCCUGGACGCCUGCCGACAGAUCGACGAGCUGAGCGUGGGCAGCGACACCAUAGACCUGUGA